GUCCAAUAAAUGUGCGCCCAAUAUUACUUGAACACUGUGUUUUCCCACAACGUUUCGUCACGAUUUAUGGCUUCUUGAAUUAAGACGAAAUUUUCUCGUGGCUAUAGAUAUCAUCAUUGGUUAAAAGCCCAUCAUGCCGUGUGGAGCAGAUAUGAAUCUUUUCACCAGCCUUCCGUUGUCCAGUUCAGUUUUCAGUGAGUGGCUAGACGGCUCUGUCCCUCAGCAUCCGUAUUUUGAUGACAACGCAAAGAUCCAAUCCAUUGUUUCAAACAUCAAACAUCGUCUUAUGAGCUUUGCUAUUGAAGCGUGUCACUUGGUGCUCGAAGAAAUCCCUUGCGAACAACCUCAACACAAUGUGCUAUCACAAACACUCUCUGCUAAACCAAGUCUCUGGUGGGCCGUUUUGCUUGCUCAACGUUACGGAGUUAUAUACUUCAUGUCCCGAGGCGAGGCGCAAUCAACUUAUUACCAACUCAUCAGAAAACACGCGGUCGAAACAGACAUUAUUGACAACUUCCUCCGCUCAAACGCGGCUGGCGUUCGUAUCAUCAACUAUGCGGUGCAUGCAUAUAUCACGCGUGGCGAUCUCCAUGUUGAGUACAGCACUUUUUGUGUCCCUCCAAAUGCCAUAGCAGCCGUCGGCCCCAAUCACGUCGUUGUACGUAAGGGGGACUUCAUCAACCGUCCAUCAUCGGAAGUUCUCGCUUCACAUUCACCCAUGUGGGACUUGCACGAUUUUGCCCAUCUGAGUUCCGCUACACUUGAUGAAACGCUGUAUGGAAAUAAGUACCAGGCUUGCCUCGUACAACUACCCAAACGCCUCACAGCGUUGAUUCGCAGUCCUGGCAUGCGGACGGCAACUGGACCAAAGAUCUCAGACGGCUUGGUGUUUAGUGAGCUUCUAACAAAGAUGUACACAGAUGCAGUAGCAGAUAUAUCCAAAAAUGCUAAACAGACAUAUAAGAGUCUCUGUACCGACCUAGCCAACAUGCUCGCGGAGUACUAUUUAGCCAAGCGCGGGCUCGAGCAUCCUUCAACAGGACAAACAAUGAUGCUGAGGCAGCCUAUUUUGCCUAUCGAGCUUGCCGUCUUGGUCCAAAACAAAAGCUACGAGCUUCCAGCGAGCGAGAUUGAGCAACGGGUGCUGACACGAGGGGGUGCACAAGCCACUACGGAGGACGCACUACUGCCUCUAACAGCGAGAGAACGAAUCACUUGGCUGGCAAAAAGCAGGAAUUGGGGCUACUUCGAGGUCCGCAAUACGAUUAAGCACCGGGCACACAAGGAGGCCUACCGAAUUGUCUGCGAGGAACUGAUGACGCAGACAACUGAUGAGUUUGAGAAGGCACUUCUUCAGAAAACAAAUGCAAACAUUCUGUACAAGGAUUGGAAGGCAGGGCACAGAUUGAUUCUUUGGGACGAGUUGCCCCAGAUGUAAUUAUUAUCGGACUACGGCGGAGUCUAGCCAGGAGAAUCCGAGGACAGUAGGUGUUGGAGG